CUCGGGGUGAAAGUUGACUGGAACAUGUGGUUAGACAUGGCUGCGCCCUGCUGGCAUUGAGGACCGUGACUGUUGAACAGGGGAUGGAAAUAAUUUAGCGCAUAUUUAAAAGCGCAUUCGUAUAUCAACAUGACAGACAACGGGACGGUUGUGAAAGAAACAGGCCAAGGCCAUACAGUAUCCAGGGCGAAGAUUACGGAAAUGCUGAAUAAGAAGUUUGAAAGGCUCUCUGAUCUAGACAAAAAACUCUUUUCAUACGGCCCCAUGUAUUUGGCUGGCAACGCUGGGUUUGCUGGCUUGAUUGCCAACAGCUUUUACAGACGUGUACUAAAUGUCACCAAAGGACGAUUUACUUCCAGUCUUCCCAUGGCUGUCCUUCCCUUUCUGACAACUGCAGCACUAUACACUGCGACCGUCUCAAACCCCUUAAUGUCAGGUGAUCUAAACUGCCCAACCUGUACCCUGAUUAGAGGGGCUUUGGUUGGUGUGGUUGGUGGUGGCAUAUAUCCCAUUUUAUUGGCCUUACCUGUCAAUGCUGGUCUUGCAGCCAGGUAUAACAGUGCACCAAUGCCAGAGAAGGGGAACAUGAUACGCUUCUGGACGAACCUCAGCAAACCCGUCGUACAGAAGAUGUAUGUUGUUUUACUGCUGCAGGGUUUGUUUGGAUCCUAUUUGAGCUCGAAGCAGUUUGACAUCUACCUAAAAAUGCUGAAAAUAUCAGAUUUUGACAGCAAAGAGCUUCAUGGUUAGCAGUUAUUGUUAAGUAUUUUGAUGACAAUGAUCAUAUUGUAAAUCUUAUUAAAAGAAGUGAAACACUCAUCCAGU